GGCAAAAUUGCCUUGCGCGGAGAGGAAACUCGUCCGGCGACUUUCGCUCAGGGUUUCUCGCCCAUCAUCCCUUUCGCGAAUUGUUCACCACGAUUCAAUGCCAUGACCUAAUUGCAAACAAAAAAUUCGAUCGGUGCUAUCAUUAAAGCGAGCUGUGCAUUUGACUCAUGUUGCGUAGGAGAGAUGUAGACGCGCUGAUCGGAGGCAAAGACGCUGUUGCGUGGGAAGCUCGGAAACCUCGGGACGAAGUUUGUGAGGGACAGAGCGUCUCCGAAUAAAAUCACUAGAGGUGCAGUUAUCGAGGAUGCCACCUCUGUGGUUUCAAUGAGCUCGCGAAUAGGGCUCUUGGUGGUGAAUUUUAAGCUGUUCGUGAUUUGAAGUCGGCGUUUACGAAUUUUUCCUCGAUUUUGUUGUGAUGAGCGACGGUGAAUUAAAUUCGGGAUUCGGGGUUGUGAUCAACCUUUUAGGCCGUGGAACCAAAGUUGUGGUUGUGUCACUUGACCACCACAUGUAUGAUCACAGGAACAUAAUUUAUUAUGCUAACGCUUAAAUUUUUAGCAUAAGCAUGCAAGAUGGGUAAUAAGUUAGCUCGAACGACGCAAGUUUCUGCGUCGGAGUAUUAUCUGCACGACUUGCCUUCUUCGUACAACUUGGUGUUGAAGGAGGCUUUAGGAGGUGGCCGGUUUUUGAAGUCAAUUCAGUGUGUCCAUGAUGAGGGGCUUUUACUUGUGAAGGUUUAUUUCAAACGGGGCGAAUCUCUCGACUUAAAGGAAUAUGAGAGAAAACUACGAGACAUUCGAGACCGUUUGAGAGACAUUGAACAUUCACAUGUUUGGCCUUUCCAACACUGGCUUGAGACUGACAAAGCGGCUUACCUCCUGCGACAAUAUUUUUUUAGUAAUUUGCAUGAUCGCAUCAGCACUCGUCCAUUUCUUAGUCUUAUCGAAAAGAAGUGGCUCGCUUUUCAGCUUCUGCAUGCUUUGAAGCAAAGUCAUGAACGUGGAGUUUGUCAUGGGGACAUUAAGUGCGAAAAUGUCUUGGUAACCUCAUGGAAUUGGGUAUACUUAGCAGACUUUUAUGGGUCUCUGAAGCCCACUUUUUUACCAGAGGACAAUCCUGCCGAUUUUUCCUUCUUUUUUGAUACAGGGAGUCGGCGUCGCUGCUAUCUAGCGCCCGAGCGGUUUCAUGAGCCAAAUGUGGACAUGAUUGCGACUUCAGAUGCUCCUUUGACGCCUGCAAUGGACAUUUUCUCUCUUGGGUGCGUAAUAGGUGAGAUGUUCUUGGAAGGAAAAGCGUUGUUUGAUUUGUCUCAGCUGCUAGCAUAUCGUCAAGGAAAAUUUGAUCCUCGUUCAUCUCUUGAGAAGAUCCCAGAUAUGGGCGUCCGUGAUAUGAUCCUGGACAUGAUUAACGUUCUCCCACAGAAUCGAUUAUCUGCAGAUGAUUACUUGAAGUUGUGGUGUCCUAGGGUAUUUCCAGAGUACUUUUCACCUCUGUUGCACGACUUCUUCUCGUACCUUAUUUCGUUGGACACAGAUAAUCGAGUGGCUCUCACCCAAAGUUUUUUUCCGGAAAUACGCAAGCAAAUGCUUGCUGAUUCUCGAAGGAGGCAGUUACAGGAAGCAGAUAGUGGUGGCAUUGCUGAUCUGUUGUCACCUAGAACACUUAAUUCCUCAAGUUCUCAGAAAAAUCAAGUUUCUGACGAUGGAGGUGUUACUUUAGAUGAACCAGGUGCUUCAAAUGUAGCGGGGAAUUUGUUGAACGGUCACGUCAGGUCCUCUACUCCACAAGAGUCGUCGCGUCGCAUCAAAGCUUCUGCGGUGGCUAUGGCAGAGGCAGCUUCUUCUGUGGAAGAAGUUGUUACUGAGGAGGUUUUUGAGAAUCAAGUUCGUGAGCAAGGUGGCAUAUUCCAUGAGCGCCUUCUCUAUACUGGUGAAGCUUCUAUGGCCACUCAUGGAAUACCAGGACGCUGGAAAGAUGACGUUACUCUCCCUUUGGAAGGUGGAUGGAGGUGGGAUGGAGAUUGGGAAGUCGAUCCUAGCUGGAUCCAGAGUGGAGCUGGAGUUGAUGAUGAUGGAUGGAGGUAUCGGAAGAUGAAUUUUGGAGACCACGAAAGUGAAGUCGGAAUUCCUGUUAGAGUUUCUGGAAAUGGGUCUAGUGUAGGUGAUGGUACCCUGAAACGGACCGCUUCUGGCAGUCGUAGUUGGACAUCUACUUGUACCCCAGAUUGUGUAUGUAGACAAAGGAGAUGGAUUCGAAAGCGUCGAAGACGACCUUGUUAUCCAGACCUAAUCUCGCAACCAAGCAUUGGAUCAGAGGUUCAAAGACAGGAGUCAUCACCGGAAACAUUAAAGAACUUGGAUAGUGGUAAUCCAACUACAUAUGACCAACCCCAACAAUGUGAAGGGAUGGUCUUAAUUGCAUCUCUUUUAUGUGCUUGCCUACGUAAUGUCAAGCUUCCUCAAGCAAGGCGAGGAACCAUUCAGUUAUUGAAAGAAGCGUCAUCGUACAUAGAUGAUGAUGCCCGUCUUCAACACGUAAUACCUUAUGUUGUGGCUCUGCUGUCCGACAGUGCUGCUAUUGUUCGAUGCACCGCACUUCAGACUUUAUGUGAUGUCUUAUCUCUAGUACAGGUUUUCCCAACAAGUGACGCUAAGAUAUUCCCAGAAUAUAUUCUACCUUUGCUCUCCAUGCUACCUGAUGAUCCAGAAGAGAGCGUCCGCAUUGCGUAUGCUUCGAACAUUGUUAAGAUCGCUGAAACUGCUAACCUAUUCAUGAUGCACUCUCAGGAGAUUCAUGAUAUUGGAGGUAUAGAUCCUCCAAUCAAUCGCGCGAAGGGAUCUUUGUUAGAGAGGAAGUCGACCUCCAUGAAGCAAGGGAUGUCUGCGGGAUCUGGUGGGACAAAUCAGUCUGCAGGUCGUUCAGAAGGAGAGCUUGCACAUUUGCGUGAGACAAUCGCACGUGUCAUACAAGAGCUAGUGAUGGGUCAAAAACAGACGCCUACAAUUCGUCGGGCCCUGCUGCAGAAUGUGGGGUCUCUUUGUCGGUUUUUUGGAUCCAAACAUAGCAACGAUUUUCUGCUGCCAAUCCUACCUGCGUUUCUUAAUGAUCGCGAUGAGCAGCUGCGGGCAGUAUUCUUUGAACACAUCGUUCAUGUUUGCCUCUUCGUAGGACAAAUGAGUUUGGAGGCUUACCUGCUUCCUUACGUAGAACAAGCUCUUAAUGAUGUAGAAGAAACUGUAAUUGUUAAUGCCCUAGAAUGUCUUGCAGCUCUUUGUACGCAUCGUCUACUUCGAAAGCGAGUCCUACUUGAGGCUAUUGAACGGGCAUCCCCUCUAUUGUGUCAUCCGAGUCAGUGGGUACGGCGGGCGGCGAUUUCUUUCGUUGCGGCUACUAGUGCAAAUCUAGAGCCUACUGAUUCUUAUGCGUUCUUAUCGCCGAUCUUGUUACCAUUUCUUAGGCGAGAGCCAGCUUCUUUAUGUUCUGAGGCUUCUCUGCUGUCAUGUCUGAAACCACCGGUAUCUAGGGAAGUCUUUAAUCGUGUUCUUAGUGAUGUGAUGCUACUGCAAACCGAGAAGGAAAAGGCAGCUGCAACUAAGCAAGGACUUCAAAGAAUUCAAAACCGAAGAGUAGCUUUAAUUCAACCUCCUUCAGAGCUUGCUGUAAUGAGUGGUAUGAGCACUCCAGGCGAGAGUAAACGUAGUGAAAGAGAGGGUCGUCCACUUAGGGUGGAUAUUUCUCAAGGUCUUCUUAGAAAUAAUGCGAAACGUGUUCAAGUGUCUGGUUCUGGACCUCAAAUUCUGCAAAAGCCGUUGACAGGGGAUGUUGAGGAUGGAGAAAAGAUGAAGGCAAUGGAGGGUUACAUUCGCAACUUGUCUAGCACCAUGCAGACUCGGAUGUAUAAUUGGGAAGCAGAAAACACAGAAAAACUCCAAAGCUCCGCAAUCGGUUUUGCAGCCGGGGUGGGUGCCGGUUUCUAUUCCAACUAUGAUGGCUCUUCGGAAGGGAUCCCUAUAUACUCUGUUCCCUUGAGUGAGAAGAAGCCUGAACCUUCUGUUGCUGGACAAGGGAGGACCUCCCAAGGUGGUGAAGUAAAUCCUUCUUUUAAUGAAGAGUGGAGCCGAGUAUUUGGGGUUAGGCAGGGAUCGACACCGUUCCUCAUGGCAACAAUUGCUGGACCACCAAUUAGUGCCUCAUUAGGACCAGCUUCUUCUCAAUGGGCAAAUAUUGCUGGCCAGUCAUCGAUGUCUUCUACGGAGCCCUCUCUACACAGAUCACAUGUGGCUAUGACUGGGUCAAAUGCUCCAAGGAUGCUCGCAGGAUCCAUGCACCAAUGGCCUAGUCCUGUUAGCUAUAAAAAGUUUGAGACUUUGAGAGACACCAGUGGACGUGAGUCCGGUGAAGGUCUUCUUGCAACUGGCUUUGGAAGCAGCAUUGAUAGCAUGACAAACAGUAUGGCUAGUUUAGCAAUAACUCCUGAAAUGCUUGGAGGUGGAAAACUUUUGGAGCCUACUCCAAUUAAUACACCGAGCAGUGAAGCACCCUUGGAACCUGGUACCCCGCUCUUGAGUUCCUCAGUGGUCGCAGAAAGCUCCUGGAAGCCUCGUGGUGUUCUCAUAGCCCAUCUGCAAGAGCAUCAGCGUGCAGUGAAUGAGGUGGCAGUUUCGAGUGAUAAUGUUUUCCUUGCAAGUGCAUCAGAUGACGGAACGGUUAAAAUAUGGGACUGCCGAAGAUUAGAGAGAGAUAUUUCUUUUAGGUCUCGAUUGACAUAUCCUCUUCAGAGUGACGGGCGAGCUCUUCAUGUGUCUAUUCUGGGUGGCGGGCAUCAAGUUGCGGCAGCUUCUAGUAAAGGAACUAUACAUGUUUUUACAGUUGAUUAUGUGGCACGUCAAGGUAGCGUCACAGAACGUUAUACUGGCAUUUCAGAUACGCGUAAGUUGAACACCCAAGAGGGGAAUGUUAUGACGAUGCAAAAUCUCUUCAAUGAAGGACCAUCUCAGCUCUUGUAUGGUACUCAAAGAGACGGCAUACAUCUCUGGGAUUUGAGGACUCAAACCGAUGCCUGGGUGUUGCGGACAAAGCCAGAUCAAGGCUACAUAUCAGCGGUAUCAGUUGAUCCUGCAUUCAACUGGUUGGUGUCUGCAACAUCUCGAGGAGUGCUCACCCUCUGGGAUUUACGCUUUCAGAUUGCAGUCAACACAUGGCAGCAUCCAGCUUGCUGCCCAGUCGAAAGCAUGUGUGUUUUAGUUCCUGGCAAAGACACACCUCCAAUAUCAAGCCAGCAUCCCUAUGUGUGGGUUGCUGCAGGGCGCAACGAGGUGGCCCUCUGGAAUGCCGCUGAUGGUACAUGUCAUCAGGUUCUUAGAUUAUGCGCUGAUCCAGUCCAUCCAGAAAUGAACACUGUUCCUGCUUCUCUUAGUCAACCAUUGUCAAACUCUCAAUCUUUAAGGGAUACUAAGUUAGUUGGAGGUGUGAAAUUUACCGACUAUCGCAUGGAAGAACUGAAUGAGCCUCCUCCAAGGUUACCAGGAGUGCGUACAUUGCUGCCUUUAUCAGGGGGUGCGGCACUUCUCACUGGCGGAUCAGAUUGCAGAAUUCGAAUGUGGGAUCGCUUAAGAUCGGAUCGAAGCUAUGUCGUUUGUGGGCCUACUAUAGCGAAGGUUUCUGUUCAGAAUUAUGAAUUGCGCUCAUUGAAUGGUGUCCGUAUAGUCCAGGUAACUGUUUCCAGGAAACUCCAGGGGCAGAGAGUGCAAACCGACCCUCAAGUACCAAUUCAUCAAAAAGCAACCUUGCAGCAGCUGCUACCGAUAAUGCUGGAUGUCAUCGCGAUUGUAUUCUUAGCCUUGCUUCAGCUCAAACGAAUCAGCGGCUUCUAAUAUCAAGUAGCAGGGAUGGUGCCAUCAAGGUCUGGAAGUGAAUCUCCUGCACAACUAAAAAGUUGCAUUUCGUUGUCGAAAUUCUUGAAGACCUACUUACUGGGCCUGCAAACAAUGCUUUAAAAACUGGAUUCAUAAAUGAUUAUUGGCUAUGCUUGCGGCAGAAUUAGCCCUCAGAACGAGAAAAGCAAGGAUGACACUGUCAUCUGCAGUUGGAUACGCAUCCUCAGUCAUCCUAGUUGAACUAGGAAAUUUCUUAACAGUUCAUUCAAAGAUUUUGUGUUUUAUUACAAGUUGCCCGGUUGUAGGUUUUGUGUCCAAAUUGGAUAGGUAUUCUUGCGCAUUAAAUGCCUUGCGAUCAUUCUGUGGAUGUUGUAUACAUGGCAUACCACGCUUAUUUGCUACAGGUGAUAUUUUAGGACUUUAAGUGAAUAAAGUUAGCUGCUCAGCAGAUCAGGGAAGUCUACACAUCAAACAGACGUAGGCCUAGUCACAAAAUUGGACUUUUUGAAAACUCAACAAAGGCCCUGUAUGCACUCAAGUGCAAUACUAUCUAUGUACACUAUGUAUCAGUAUUGUACAACAGCUGUUUGAAUCUUGAAACGAA